AUGGCCGCUAUCAGCAUGAUUGAAUGGCUUUGGGCUUCGACUCCCCAAUUCGAUUUUUGGAAAUGCUUGCUCACAGUGUUCCUGGUGGUCAAUAUCAAGAACUUGCCAUUGGUUUUUCAUUAUCGCAUCUUCCGUCCGAUCAUACAAAAUGUCUUCAAAAAGAAAAGCCGACAUCAGUUAAUUUCAAUCCAACACGGAAACAAAACUCUACCACUGGCCUUCUUGCCUUGUAUCACAACAACCUACACGCCCAUGCUCGAAGCGGAUUACAACCUCCACAAAUCGAACAGCACAUAUUUCACAGAUCUGGACGCCAGUCGCUCGCAUCUAUUGUCGACUCUUUGCUACAGCGGAAUCCCCAUCGUGGAUCAAGAGUUGGCCGCGGAGGGGAAGUCUGGAAUGCUGGCUGCCAUUAUUGGGUCGGUGACGACAAGCUUCAAGAAGGAAAUUCGCAUCUUUCAGCAGUAUGAAGUCUGGUCGCGAAUUCUCACCUGGGAUCAGAAGUGGCUGUAUAUUGUGACGCAUUUUGUGCAAAAAGGGAGCGUGAAGCAUCAAUGUUUGGUUGCUGGUACCGUUAUGUUGUCGGGAGAACAUGUCUGUGCCAAGUGCGGUGGUGCUGGUCGCGAUGGUGGCAAACCCGGUGCUGGGCCUGUCGUGUUUGCAACUUCGGUUUCUAAAUACGUUUUCAAAAAGGGAAGGUUUACUGUGGCUCCGGAGCGACUUCUGAAAGCUUCGGGUUUAUUGGGAGGCGACAAGAUGGGAAGUGAAGAUUUUGCCAAACACAGGGAAGAUACGGACGGUACAACAACUAUUGGUCAAGUGGUUGAAAAUGAAAGACUCCAAGGAUUGAAGUAUGCUCACGCUUGGAAUGAGUUGGAAUCCUUGCACUCGGAAUUUGUUGGGCAGACCGAAAAAGGGGAUUCUGUUCCAGCCAUUGGGCGCUUCGAUGAUAUUUCUGGUCACGGAUUUUCCUAUUGUUAA